AUGAUGAUGCAAUACCUUGGAGGCAGUAUAGGUCACUUUAAUCAAUAUACAAACCAAAAUCACCCUUCUGACAUCACUAAUGAGAUCAACAAGGAUGAAGUUGAAGCAACCAAGUUGGAAGAGUUUGGGGUCAAUGAACACAGCAAUGUGAUUGGCAGCAAUGGGGGCAUCAAGGCUGAUGGAGUUCACCCAAAGGAGGACUUUGAGGAUAAUGUUUUGGAAACUAGCAAUUGCAAAGAAGCCUAUGGUUUUAUGAGCAGAGAGGAAGAUUUUUGA